AUGACGCCUCCCCGCAUACUCGCCGGCAUCUUCCUUCUCCUGGCGGUUUACUGCGCCGUCGACCCGUUUAACCACUCGGCGAUGUCUGAAUUCCCGAACUUCGAAACGGUUAAGGUCGAAAUGCCGGCAUGGUCCGAGCUCCCGAUAGAGAAAGACCACGAGAACCUGCUUCAGAAAUCGGAAAUCAAGUUUUUGAACGAGUUGCAGGGGCCCGAGAGCAUGGCGUUCGACCCGAUGGGCCGCGGCCCGUAUACUGGGGUUGCUGAUGGGAGGAUUGUGUUCUGGGAUGGGCACAAGUGGAAUGAUUUUGCGUACACUUCAGCUAAUCGGUCGGGCCUCUGUGAUCCAAAACCUUCGAUCUUUGGCUACUUGAAGAAUGAGCAUAUAUGCGGGAGGCCAUUGGGUUUAAGAUUUGAUAAAAAAACGGGUGAUUUGUACAUAGCAGAUGCUUAUCUUGGGUUGAUGAAAGUCGGGCCUGAAGGUGGUCUGGCAGAAUCAUUGGCCACCGAAGCUGAAGGAAUUCCUCUGAGAUUUACAAAUGACUUAGAUAUCGACAAUGAAGGAAAUGUUUAUUUUACUGAUAGCAGCAUCAAUUAUCAAAGAAGGAACUUUCUCCAGUUAGUUUUCACUGGGGACGAUAGUGGAAGGGUGCUGAAAUACAAUCCAAACACAAAAGAAGCAACUGUCCUCAUUCGAAAUGUUCAAUUCCCAAACGGGCUUUCCAUGAGUAAGGAUGGUUUGUUCUUUGUAUUCACCGAGGGUGCAAUUGGAAGGCUGCAAAAGUACUGGUUAAAGGGCGAAAAGGCAGGAACUACUGAGGUUAUGGCCAUUCUCCCGGGACAUCCGGACAAUGUCCGGAUGAACGAGAAGGGGGAGUUCUGGGUAGCAAUCCACUGCCGCCGGACCAUAUACUCCCACUUCCUAGGACUGUACCCAAAGGUCCGAAAAUUGUGGCUCAAGCUCCCGAUUCCAGCUAAGUUCCACUACCUCAUGCAGAUUGGAGGCCACAUGCAUGCAGCCAUUGUUAAGUACAGCUCGAAAGGCGAGCUUCUGCAGAUUUUGGAGGAUAGAAAAGGGAAAGUGGUUAGAGCAGUUAGCGAAGUCGAGGAAAAAGAAGGGAAGCUUUGGAUGGGGAGUGUUUUGAUGCACUUUGUGGCUGUUUAUGAGUUGGAAUGA